GUGGGCGGUGCUUGUAGCGGGAGGAGUAAAGAUGGCGGCGCGGGGGCCUCCGCCUUCAUUCCCUGGCUGAAGCCCUCCGAGGGAGGCGGCGGUGGCCACACAGGGCUACCAACAGUCUCGUGGUGGUAGUUUUGGCAGCGGCUGCGGAAGCUCGAGCCAUGGCGGAGUUGGAGCACCUGGGAGGGAAGAGAGCAGAGUCGGCGCGAGCGCGGCGGGCUGAGCAGCUGCGGCGCUGGCGGGGCUCGCUGACAGAGCAGGAGCCCGCGGAGCGACAGGGCGCGGGGCGCCAGCUGCAGACCAGACGCGGGAGCCCCAGGGUCCGCUUCGAGGACGGUGCGGUCUUUCUAGCUGCCUGCUCCAGCGGGGACACGGACGAGGUGAAAAAGCUUCUGGCAAGAGGUGCCGACAUCAACACGGUCAACGUGGACGGCUUGACAGCCCUGCACCAGGCCUGUAUUGAUGAAAAUUUGGACAUGGUGAAGUUUCUGGUGGAGAACAGAGCCAAUGUAAACCAGCAAGACAACGAGGGCUGGACACCCCUGCAUGCAGCUGCUUCCUGUGGUUAUCUCAACAUAGCAGAGUAUUUUAUUAGCCAUGGAGCCAGCGUGGGUAUUGUGAACAGUGAAGGUGAAGUUCCUUCUGACCUUGCAGAGGAGCCAGCCAUGAAAGAUCUUCUUCUGGAACAAGUAAAGAAACAAGGAGUUGAUCUAGAGCAGUCAAGGAAGGAGGAAGAACAGCAGAUGUUGCAGGAUGCCCGCCAGUGGCUCAACAGCGGGAAAAUAGAAGAUGUGAGGCAGGCUCGCUCAGGGGCCACAGCCCUGCAUGUAGCUGCUGCCAAAGGUUACUCUGAAGUCCUCAGGCUUCUCAUUCAGGCUGGCUAUGAACUCAAUGUUCAGGAUCAUGACGGCUGGACUCCUCUUCAUGCAGCUGCACACUGGGGAGUGAAAGAGGCUUGUUCCAUCCUGGCAGAAGCACUCUGUGACAUGGAUAUCCGGAACAAACUGGGCCAGACGCCAUUUGACGUGGCUGAUGAAGGUCUUGUGGAGCACUUGGAGGUGCUUCAGAAGAAGCAAGAUGUGCUUCGAAGUGAGAAGGAGACACGGAAUAAGCUCAUCGAGUCAGACCUGAAUAGCAAGUUUCAGAGUGGACUCUUUAAGAACAAAGAGAAGACGCUUUAUGAAGAAGAGAUCCCCAAGUCCCAAGAAACAGAGGAAGAAAACAAAGAAUCCAGCAGCUCCAGCUCAGAGGAGGAGGAAGGGGAAGAUGAAGUUUCUGAAUCAGAAACUGAGAAGGAGGCAGAUAAAAAGCCAGAAGCCACUGUCAACCAUUCCAACUCUGAAAGCAAGAGUCGGAUCAUGGAACAGAUCCCAGCCCCAGCUCAGAACACCUCUGCCUCUUCAGCUAGGAGAUUGUCCAGUCUUUUCAACAAGGCAGAAGAGCCUAAGGAUGAGUCUCCUUCUUCAUGGAGACUGGGACUCAGAAAAACUGGUAGCCACAAUAUGCUGAGUGAAGUGGCCAAUUCCAGGGAGGCCCUUAGGGAUCGAGGUUCUUCCAUCUACCGUUCCUCCUCAAGCCCUCGGAUCUCUGCUUUGCUGGAUGACAAAGAUAAGGUGCGGUGGGGGCGGGGGGCCAUGCAGGGGGAUGCCAAGGCAGUGUGCUUCCCUGUAAAUUCAGCCAUGACAACAAAUGGGAAUAUUUUUGCUAGUCCCCAAGAAAGAGAAAACAAAAGUUAUUUCAGUACGCUAGUACCCCGGAGGCUCAGUAGCACAAGUGACAUUGAAGAAAAGGAGAACAGAGAGUCAGCUGUUAAUCUAGUAAGGAGUGGCUCCCACACCAGGCAGCUGUGGAGGGAUGAAGCAAAGGGGAAUGAAGCCCCACAGACAAUCGCUCCUUCCACUUACACGGCAACUUACUUGAAAAGUGCUUCAUUUGGUAAAAGUAGUGACCCCACAAGUCCCUACAUUUCAGCCAAUUGCAAUUCAUCUCCUGCUACCUCACCCAUUACCAUUGGUUCAUCAACCUCUCGGGGCAGCCAAUGGCAACCUGCCUCUUCUUGCCCUGCACCAGUCAGUACAAACACUACUGCAUCUGUGCAGCACGUCAGGACUCCUUACAAAUCUCAGGCUGACUCAACAGCAGAGAAAACAGCAGACAGUGUCUCUUCCAGUACCCCACUCUGUGUGAUCACCAACCGCCCUGCGCCAAGCACUGCCAAUGGGGUUCCAGCUGCCACGGUGUUCUCCUCUGCUGGAACAGACUCCUCUGUGGAAGCACGGGAGAAGAGGAGGUCUUAUCUGACUCCUGUACGGGAUGAGGAGGCAGAGUCUUUACGGAAAGCACGCUCCAGACAAGCUCGGCAGACUCGGAGGUCUACUCAAGGUGUUACUCUAACAGACCUUCAGGAAGCAGAAAAGACUUUCAGCCGAUCGAGGGCAGAGAGACAAGCUCAGGACCAGCCUGGUGAGAAGCUUGAAGAUCCUGGUGGGCUUGAAGGGAGCACCAAGAAGCAGGAGCCUUCAGCAGCCCCAACAAAGGGAGCUGGCGAGGGCCAGCAACCUCGGGGCAGAGGUCUGGACGAAGAGCCUGUCUAUCAUCGCCUAAGGUGUUCAACUCAACCAGACAAACCCACAACACCAGUUUCUCCGUCUACGUCAAGACCCUCACUAUACACUGGCUCUCAUCUGCUGCGUACAAGUAGAGCUUCGGUCCCUGAUUCUGAGAAUUCAGAGACCACCACACACACCACAGCGGCAAAGGAAAUGGACAUGAGUGAGAAAGAAGAGGUUGAUUUGGAUGAUCAGUCCUCUAACAGGCUGUCUGUCCGAGAGAGGAGACGACCUAAAGAUCGGCGAAGAGGCACGGGCAUUAACUUCUGGACUACGGAUGAGGAUGAAACAGAUGUCUCUGAAGAGGUCAAAGAAGCAUGGCAUGAAAGACUUUCUAGGUUGGAGUCAGGAGGAACCAACCCGACCAGCAGCGAUUCUUACAGUGACCGUGCCUCAGCAAGAGCCCGCCGGGAAGCCAGGGAGGCUCGUCUAGCCAGCCUGACCAGCCGAGUAGAAGAAGACAGCAACAGGGAUUAUAAAAAACUCUAUGAGAGUGCCCUGACCGAAAACCAAAAACUGAAAACAAAGCUUCAGGAGGCCCAGCUAGAGCUUGCCGAUAUAAAGGCCAAGCUUGAGAAGAUGGCCCAGCAGAAACAAGAGAAGACCUCUGACCGGUCCUCGGUGCUGGAGGCGGAGAAGCGGGAGAGACGAGCACUGGAACGGAAAAUGUCGGAAAUGGAAGAAGAGAUGAAGGUGUUAACAGAACUGAAAUCCGACAAUCAGAGGCUGAAGGAUGAAAAUGGUGCCCUCAUCAGAGUCAUCAGCAAACUGUCCAAAUAGAUGAGGUCAGGUCUGGGAGGAGGGACAGCAUUUGCUGCCCACUUUUCACUUCCAGCUGUGGCCUUCCGGCCAAAAGACAUGAAUGUUCUGGGAAAAGGGCACCUCCCUGUGACCUCAUCAGUCACCUCUGCACUGUACAUUGUCUCUGCACUCUCCGUGCCGCGUUCCCCCACACCUCUGUCCUAAGUUUUAUGACAGUUCUAACUGAAGCAUGAUUGUGACCAUUUCAAACAAUCUGGAGAAAGCUUUGUGGGGUAUGCCAACCUCAGCUGUGACCCCAACUUUCUGCUGCUUUGUCCACAUUGGUUUUGGUCCAGAUAUAUAAGGCUUUGACCCAUAGCCUUUACACGGACCCACUGUUCUUUAUAUAGGUGAGUCUUGUGGUGGCCACUCUAGGAUCCUAUCUGGGGUGCUGGAGAAAGGGCGGAAUGUGGAAUUCUCUCUGGACUGCCUCUGGAGCUGUUUGCUUGUAGUCCACGGUGACCCUGUGCUGAGGUUGUUAUUCACCACUCAGGAACUGACUUGUUUUUACUUUCCUAUCGGUAACCUAGGAACAUCGCUGACUAGUCUUGCCCUUAUUUCUCCUCUCCACAAGGCCGAGGCAGCCUUGAACUCUCUUGUUCCUUUUCUUGCUGUCCUUUGGUGAUUUCUCCUCCUACCCUGAUGGCAUAAAAGCUGAAACCGAGCUCCCGACCUCAGCUGUUCGGAAACUCGUCACUCUGCUGCCUUGGUGCCAUGGCCCUGUCCCCGAGAAGCCAGAGGACAGCUUAAGGGCCAGCCCAUUGUUCAUAUCUCCCACUUGUCUGCUUACAAAAUUAUUUUCUGAACUCUUCAAGUUGUACAAGUAGUAUACAUCUAUAAUGCGAGCACUCAGGAAGCUGAGGCAGGAGGAUCAGGAGUUUGAGGCCAGCUACAUAGCAAGACCCUCUCUCCAGAAAAAGGAAGCCUGGGUGUUGAGUGCCCAUGUUUGCCUUGCUUCCUUUGGCUUUGUUCCCUUUUCACUCAGGCCCUGCUCCUAAUGAGAAGUGGAGUCAUUGCAAGGAGGACCGGGGGAGAGCCGGGGCAGAAGCUAGACUAGAGAGUGGAAGCAGGCCAGAGAGACGUGGAGAGCAUCUGAGGACACUUGGAACACUGCGAAGAUGGUGGUAACUUGCUUUCUGGUGGUCAUAUUCAGGGAAGAGAUCCCUUCUUAGAAGUCAACAGGAGAGGUGAAUGCUGGGUAGAGACUGAAGAUGAAGAAGAGUACUUGUGGACUCUUAAGAGUGACAAGCCCCAAAGACCAUCUGGUCCAGCAUCCUUGUGACUCCCUGCUGCCAUAACUCUGACCUGUGGUCAGCUCUGGGAGCUAUGCAUGUCUUACUUGAAGUUUGAGCACCUAUACUACAUUUUUUUUACUAAAAGAAGCUGAGGUCUGCUUCUUCCUGCCAGGAUAGCACAUUAGGUAUGGGUGGGUAGUGGUCUCUUCUUACCUAGCCCCUUGAGUCCCUCCUCAGAUGUCAUGAUUUUGAUACCUGUCACAUCUUGACUACCAUCCUCUAGAGUCUAGACAAAGCAGCCCGUUAGCUUAUGCCUCAGCCUAUGUAGAGUAGUCUCUAAUUCCAGCACACAGUUAAACUGCUGGCUCUUCUUGAUGAGCCAGUGCAGAUGGGUAGAAUGUGGAUUUUGUAGGCAUUUUGUCCUAUGGUUCACAUUAAAGGACACGUCCUUUAAUGCCUCGUUGUUUGAGGAUUGCUAGUGAAGUGGACCAUUCUAACACUACCUCUGUUAGUUUCUUUCAUGAGGACGCCACUGCCCUUUUUGGUGGCACUUGCAGACGUCGUGUGCUCUUAAACAGAUGUUGUAAUUCAGGUCCGUGGUACAGAACAGGAGCUGUAUCUCCUCUGACACAGACUCAGCACAUACAAGAUUCUCUUUUCCACUUCAGCCUGUUUUCUGAGGAGUCAGUCUCCUGUUGGCCUACUCUGCUCUUGUGAAGCACUGAGCCACAGUGAGAAGGACCUGUCUUCUGCUCUGGGAAGCAUUCCCUUCUUGCUGGGAGACAUCAACAGGAUGCCAGCCAACCGACUCUCCUAGCGUGGGUUCUGUAUUGGGAAAGAGGGAACUGCUGCCUCAUUCUUGGGGAGAGAAAAUGGGAUUGCAGGAAACCAGUUUGCACCUCCUCCACUCCUAGGCCAGGGGAAGGUGUUCAGAGCUAUGCCUUUGGGCCUUUUGAAGCAAGGGAAAGCGCUCAGAAACUCACAGACUGGCAUUAUACCUGCUGCUCUACAUGGCCUUCAUGUUAAGGUGCCACCUCUUGCCAGGAACGUUUUCUUGUGACAAGCUUUUAAGUCUCGGUAGUACUGGCUCUGUGGCCAAGAGCCCAUCAGAGCACACACAGUCCCAGGCCAUUCCUGGCAACUCCUUUCAGGCCACUAAUUUUAUUAGAAGCAUUGUGAAUUUGGUCUCUUCCAGAGAAGAAAACUCCAUUUCUUCAAAAUCAUACUGACUGAAAGACCCAUGAAAGACAUGGCCUCCUGAGGCCAGCUCUUCUGUGUGUGCAGUCUCCCUUUCCUGUGUAGCUUGGACAGUUACACACCACCAGUCUCCCCAGUGGCCACCAGCCUCACCUGUUGGCUUCUUGUGAGUAAUCCCAUGGCUGGAGCUUACUGCUCCACUGCAAGUAAGCAAGCACGCAGGAAGGACUCAGCCUUGUCACACCAGUCUUCAUGGGAAAUUAAGAUAGGGACAAGAGUGUUCUCAUUCAUUGGACAGCUUUCAAUACCCAAGCCACCUUUGAGGGUUAUGACUGGUCAGUCCAGAGAAUCUCUGGCUGGAGUUUGCCUAUUUGACUUUCAGGGGUUUCCGAGCCUUUACAGACAGCUGGGGAUCAGCACUUCCAGGAACUGUCUGGAAAGGCUCGGAAACCCCUAGUGCUGAUCCCCGGACCCAUCCCAGUCUCUAGGGGAAGAGCUAUGCACAUUCAAGGGUGUUGCCUCUAAAGAAUCUGAAGAACAGCUCUAUCUUGGAGCCGCACCUCCUUGUGAGUGUCCAGCAGUGGAACAUGUUCUCACUCUGCUUUCUCUGCCUCAGCCCCUGAGGUGCAAGGAUUGUUCGGUGGGUUGCUGGCAGCUUCUACUCAGGAAGUAUAGGAGCAGUCCAUAGGCCUCAGAAGAGUAUAGGAACCAGAGUGAAGGGCCUCUCCAAGCCACACCCCUGGGGACUCUGCUCUCUGGUCCCUUUGCAGUCUUUCCUAGCAGAGACAGCUCCAACCAUUGCUUACAUGCCUUUUCAGUGGUGGGCCCUGUCCAGAUCCAUGCCCAAGUCUAGCUGCAGCUCAGUUGCCUUUCUAUUCUGAAGAUAGGUGCAAACCCUCAAACUGUAAAGAUUUCCAUGACUCAGAAGUGAGGCAGCUUUGUGGGCAAGCUACUUUCAAGUCCUCUUGACUUAAAAUUCUGUCAUUUAUUCAAAGAGGAGGACUUUUUUUACACUUAGAUUUCUGCUUCAAAAUGGCUUAACUUUGAAUUUUCAAGAUCGGUCUUGCCUUCUUCCCAAAUUCAACCUGUUUAAGAUUGGCCUGCCAAGGUCGGCCUCCCCUCUGUGUUGGAAAGCGAAUUUAACACUGAAAGCAAUUGAACAGUGUGGUGUGAUUGCCUUCCUUCCUGGUGGUUAGAUAAAAAUAUUGCCAACCUGCAGAGGUGGAGACUGGAGCUCGUGGAGUGGAUAGAGCAGUGUUUUAGGCCGCUGAGGACACGGUGUACAUCACAGGAAACCAGCUGCCCCUGGCAGGUCUGCUCAGCCACCACGGCUAGAUGUGACCAGCACUGCUUCUCAGCACCCAAGCAGCAGACUCUGCUUGGCACCAACUAGUUUCUAGUCUUGAGCUCUGCCUUGAGCAGCAGGAGAGCAUUCCUCAGGCUGCUGUUCAGGCUCCUUCACAGCAGACACCAGGGCCGCAUACCACAGAAUGGUGCCCAGCUCUAGCCAGACGCCUACGCUUGGGGCUUGGAUGUGAGGAAAGGGGCAAACCCUGAAACUGGGUGCCUGCUGAGGUGGUCAAAAGGCAGGGGAAGGUCUGUGAAUGUGGAAUGGGGGAAGGUCGGAGCCUGGGAGAAAGGAAGCCAGGCUUCUGCACCUGGAAGUGUGUUCCGUCUCGUUGAGUUCGUCCCUCAGCUCCAGCUGAGCAAGAUUUUAAUCAGCUCCUCUAAUGGGUAUUGACACUGCUCGGAGCAGUCGACUCUGUUAGGGACAACUAUUGAUUGCUUGUGUUCUGAUUAGAUUGGAAAAAUAGAUCAACUUCAUUAUAGCCCAGAAGCUGUCAUUGUCACAGCUACAGAGAAGUGGAGUGGUCUCUGAGGGCUGAGGAAAUCAGCUGGACUCCUGACAAGCCAGAGAGUAGCUGAAAGUUGUAUCAACGUCUCCUUGAGAACUGUGGUUAAGGGUCACAAACCUCCUGGGGUGCCUUGCAACCCAGCGCCUGGACACCCACCAUGGCUAGAUGGGAGAGGAGGGAAUAUCUAAGGCCAUGGCCCUGAAGCAUGUUCUGGCUUUACCUCAGCAGACUUGACAAUGUGAGGGUCUCUUCAAGCCUGGGAAUACACCACACCACACACACACCAGGCUGAAGCUUUCAAAGAGGUCUGGCAUUUCUUGAUGAGAAUGGGAACGCAAACAGUUUAUCUAGUGCGCUCGGUCUCUUGCUCCUCAUACCCCUCCCAGUUUCGAAAAGCACUCCUCCCACUCCUCGGCUUAUCUUCCAGAUUGGGAAUCUGCCAGAACCACAUUUUGUUAUUUUGCCUCUAGAUUUUUUUUCCCCUAAUGUUUCCAAUAAAAUUUUGCUUGGGUGGCCCCUUAAAGUGUCACCAAGAUGCUAACCUAGGCCCCUCCAAAAUAAGCUCCCCCUCCCCCUCCCUUCCCUCUCAGCUCUCUCCCAAGGCUCGCCUUAGGCCUUGCUUUCCUACACUUGGACUUGAUGGUGCUCAAGGGAAGAGGUUUUCCAUUAAUCAGCCAAGAGUCCUGGAAGAUGUUCACACGCCACCAGCAUGUCACUCCGCCCACCACCCAUGGCUAGCCCCUUCCACUUUCAAAACUCCCUGGCUGUGCUAGCGGCCCUCAAAGACCAGGUUUGGCUUAUAGUCUACGUGACCCCUCUGUUCCAGGGUCAUGGCUGCUCACUGUACUGUCUCUGAAAGAUGUGACUGGUACCAGCUUAAGGCAGGAGUGUUUUCUCUGCACAGGCUAGACGAGUUUGUUUGCAUAGUGACAGCCACUCAACCAGGCAGGAGAGAAGAUCCACAGAAGGCCUGACCAUGAGGAGCCAGAAGAGCCUCUGACAUGCUCUUGAACCGAGAGCUGAGGGUCAGAGCUUGGUCCUGAACAAGGGACACUUUGGCUGGUACCAGCUUGAUUCUCUCCAGACUGCAUGUGUCUGUGCUGUUCUCGACCUACUCUCCUGAGACCUCGAGCAGACUCCAGCUUAUCCUAGGAUGGGGGAGACUACGUGAAAGCGAUUAUAGGUAAAGGUACCAGAAGGCCAGUACAGGAGAGGAUGUGGAGAGGAUGCACCCACCCGACGUGCCCACCUUUCCAGUCCGAAUCCCUUGAGCCCUUGGCAGCUCAGCCCUCCUCCUGGCUGGUCCCUUCAAGCAAAGCCAUGAUUUCCCUGCAGAGGGGAGCACUGUCCCAUGCUCUCCCUCUGCAGGGUUGGUGGUUCAGACCCCACUUUGGCUUUACGGUUUUCUUCCAGGCAUGUGUCCUCCGCUCCAAUCUUGGUCACCACUUCAGUGCUAGCAUUUUGUAUUUCCUCUCUCCACCCUUCACCCACGCUUAAUGCACCGAAUGGAACUGUUUGCCAGCUGAGUUGUGUGGAUUAACUUGAGUCAACUGUAAUACACCUGGAGGCUCCUGAGGGCGGAGCCAGACUGGCUUUCCAACUGAAUGUAUUUUUAUGCAAUUUUGAGUGGCCUUUUCAACCCUGAGAUGAAUGGAUUUGUUUUACUGGGUGUUGUUAUAUAGUAUUAAGUAUUCUGUAUUUGAAAGUUUGGGAAUAAUAUUCACGUCUAUAUGAUGCCUGUAAACACAACAGUAUUUAUAAAUGAGUAAAUAAAACUGUGUUUUAACUUGG